UAUUGUUGAUCGAUGAGUUUUGUUGGGGUGGUGAUUUGUUGCUUGCAGCGCUGCUCCUCUGCUACUCGAAGUUUGAGGAGUCACGCAAGCUUGGGGAAUCGUGGUUAACGAAAUUAAUUUGUUCUGCCAAAAGUUUAACGGACAUGGUGUGUUCAUGCGGUCAUCAAGGCAGUUUUAACACAUACGACGCAUUUGAUAAACUUCGGACGUAUACGAAACCUCGUGGAAUUAUAAAUUAACUCAUCAAACACGGGAUUUCAGUUUGAACAAAGAUAAGUUGAAGGCUUACUGGUACUAAGUUCUGCCUUGGGUGUGGUACUACAAUGAUGUACAUUAUUCACCGGCAGUUGUACGGUGCAGCCAGCUAAAUAUCAGGAGGAAGUCCAUAAAGUAUAUGACAUAUAGUUUCUGCUGAUGGUUUUCGCUGAUCUUGUGCAUUGUUGCUGGACGGUAGAAUAUGAUGACAAAUCAAUGAUGAAAACGAGAAAGAAAAUGUACAAGUUUUGUGCUGUACCUGAAAGGCCAGGACGAAGACCCCUUCCUCCUCCUGCAGAUGAUUUUGCAGCUCCUUCAUUGCCACCACGUCCUGGAGGAAAGAACAUAAUCAAGAUUGCUCCUCCACCACAAGAGACACGUAAUUCAGAUGAAUUUGAUUCUGAAAACAGCUCAGAGCCUGGUGAGAUAUAUGAUGACUGUGAAGAGCAGCAGCCACCGCAACCAAUUUUGCCACAGCGACCAUUAGGUCGUCCUCAGCAUAUUGCACCACCAGAAGAGUUUUAUGAUGACUGUAAUGAAGGAAAACAAGAACAGGAAGUUUAUGAUGAUUUUGAAGAAGAGAAGCAAGAGAAACAACUGCCUAAGCGGCCUGCCACCCAACUUCCUCCCAUUCCAUUACCGCCAGAGGAGAGCUAUGACGAUUUGGAAAACAUAGGUCCUGUGGUUGUCCAGCCAAUGAAGCCAACACAUCGAACUUUGCCCCCUCCUCCUCCAUCUUCUAUUCAGACUGAUAGAGGUAGGGUUAAGGUGGAGACAAAGAAACCAUCAGUCCCAGAGCCACUAAAUGAAGUGUACGAGGAUCCAGAGAUGGAAAAUGCCCGUAAAGACUCACUGACAAGAUUAGAAGUGGCUUCAAAGGAACGAUCAUCAAGCUUGUCACCAGUUCGGUCACCUGGUCACAGAGAUCUUUCUCCUCAUUCCUCUUCUCGAGGCCCGACAAUAAAUAAUUCUUCAGCAAGAACCAAUGUCUCACCUAAAGGCACCCUAGAAAGACAUUUACCCCCAGUUCCAGUUUCAAAGGAUGGAAACAUCAGAGGCAGAGGGUUGGACCAUCCACUUUUACCUCCAGUGAACAGACCUAUGGCCAGUACAGCAAACAGAGCAGACAUGGCUGAGAGUUCACCUGUCAUUGUCAACUUAGGUCACCCAAAAAAGGGAGUUUUACCCCCAGUUCCCCCACCAAGUGAAAAGCCACUUCGACCAGAUCUACGUCCAAAAGUUCCUAGAGGUCUUAUACAUGGAGCAAACCUAUCUGAGAAUGAAGAGGAUGAGAUGCUUGAGACAGAAGAGCGAGAUUUGGACCAUGACGACUUCCCCCCACCUCCAUCACCCAUUUCAGGCAGGAGACAAGCGAUACCGCAACCACAACCACCGCCUCCUCCUCCUCCCCCUAUUCCAUCGUUUCUUUCCAGUGAAUCACAAGAUAUAUAUGAGGUCUCUCCAGACAUUGAUGACGAUAUACCAUCAACACCACCACUACCACCGAAAGCAGACGUAAAGCCAGUAAAACUUCCCCCUAAAGUUCCAAACAUGCCAGCAGGUGGCUUUCUAGUUGAUCAGUCACAGAUAAAUGCCCUUAAAAACAAACUGAAAAAAGUAUCUGGCCCAGACACUCCCAAAACUACUUCCCGUGAUCCCAAGGAGUAUAGUGACAAUCAUUCAAUAUCUGAACUGCACCAAAAAUUCCAGCUAAAAGCAAAGCCCUCUGACACUCCGGACAAGCAUGCUUUGAGAGUGCAGAUGAACUCACCCCAAGAUCUCAACAUGGCCAGCCUCAGCAGCAGUGCAAGCAGCAGCCUCACCAACAUGUCUGGGAGCUCAUCUUUCCUUCAGCAUGACUUGGAGUAUCCACAACUUCCCCCACGGCACUCCAAUCUCACUUCUCCCCUCAGCAUGACUAACCCUGACAAGACCAGCUCAUCAGCUGAAACUUCCAGUCCACCUGUCCAUAAAAAUAAUGCUCUUAUGCCUCUGCCUCCACUUCCAUCUGUAACCAAGAUGCCAAAUGCAGUGCAGCCAUCAGUGUCAAAGCAAGAAUACACCGACGAUAACCCUGAAGAGAUUUAUGAUGAUGCCUCUUCAUCAGAUUGGUUGGACAGAUUUGACUGGUAUCAUGGGCCAAUAGACCGUAAAGAGGGGGAGGCAAGGGUAAAAAGUAUUGGAAAAGAUGGGACCUAUCUGGUUCGCAUCAGCACCAAAAAUGCGAAAUUUCCCUACACACUUGUAGUCCUACUCAAAGGUCAUGUUAGCAAUCUGCACAUUCGUUUGAGAAAUGAUAAAAAGUAUGCACUUGGAGAUGAAAAGGAUGAUGAACUGGCUUUUAAUGACAUUCCAGAAAUGAUCAGUCAUCACAAGAAGCAUCAUGUUCUCUUGAUGGGAAAUAUAAAAUCUCAGGUCACACUGCAGCAGACCCCACCAAAGAAGUGAUCUGUCACUUGAGUCUUUUGGCUUCUUCUUGUGGAAGAUCAUGAUUCUGAUAGUCACAGGUAGCACAGCCUGCUUUUCUGCUACUGGUAGACACGAAGUCUUUUUCAGCGUUACGCCUGAUGGAGCAUGUAGCCAUGGCUAGGUGGUUACAGCCUUGAGACAGGAGCACAUAAUGUGUUACCUGCUUGAGCUGUAAGUGUGUUAGGUACUUGCUGAAACUAGGUGUGUGAUUCAUCCUAGUUUCCUUUAUCAAUCUAUAUUUUGUGAACUGUCAAUCUUUACAAUCAAAAAUGGCUUUUUGAUCUCAUAGAAACUAACUUUUGCACGUAAUUAUUAUGGACAAAAAUUAGUCCUGUUCUUCCAUUCAGUCUGGCAUAUACACAUUAUAAUCUUACAACAUAGCUGCUCACCCAAGGGUCUACAGCUCCAUUCAUUUCGAUGAUAAAAAUUAUUCAUGUUUUGGUUUCAGAAAUGGUAUUUUACCACUCAUGUUGUUUGCAACAACCUUUUAAAAAUGCAUUUAUUAUCAAUUAGGAACAAACAAAAAAAAUUCAACUUUUUAAAAGAGGAAUUGGUUUUUGUAUGCAGAAACAGUUUCAUGUAAAGUACACUAUGAAUACUUUAUUUCUGAAGCUUAGACAUUUUGCUCAAAGACAAAACUGUUUUAAAAGGUGUCAAAUACUGAUGGAAAACUCUGUUUUUAACCUUUAUUUGUAGCAUGUUUACAGUUGGAAGAGAGAAAGAGAGUUCUAAAUUUUGAUCUUCAUCAAAUCUGUUCUAGCCUGAAAAUUGGUAUACACCAUUAAAGCAGUUCUUCUAGUUUUAAACUUUAAUUCAUUGAGAUGAUAUAUUUUAGUGGAAUUUUUUUCUGUCACUGUUUCACAGUUAACUAUAUGAGUAGAUUAAAUUUCUUCAUCUCUUGUCAUGAUCUAGGUAACCUAUUUGGGUACCACUGCUAGACACACACACAAAUCGAUGACACAGUUAAAGUGUGAGCAGGACGCGCCAAUCAAAUUUUUCAAGUUAUUUGUUAAAAGUGAUUGGUGCGUAAAGAAAUGGAAAGUGGUCUGUAUUUCUCAAUCAAGGCCACACGCAGAAGCAAAUAAAGACAUUCUGUACUCUAUAUAUGACCUUUUCUCAUUAUUAAAAAUAAGCUUAAUAUUUUGCAUGCACCAGAAAAUAAUAAAAUCAUAAGUAUAUAAAAAUGGUUUGGUGAAGAAGAAAUAUAUGUGUUACAUGCAUCUUUGUAUGAGUGUGUGCACACAUGCAUAUCUCCACACUUUCAUAUGUCUACAUUUGUGUUAACGUUUAGGCAAGAUGUGUGUAUAUGGACACUAACAUUUUAUGUGCACAAUUUUUGGCUAUUAUUGUGCAAAAAUGUUUAACAUGCUUUUUAUAAUAAUAGCAAACAGUUUUGCACAAUAGGUUAUAUUAUACAUUGAGUGUUAAAUCCAGUUUGCUCACCAUACGGCAAGAAUGUCUGGAUAAUAAUAUUUGCACAAUAUGCUUUUAUAUUUAAUCAUUUGAAAAACAUAUAUCAUACAAAUUUCUUUUGGAAAUAUUACAUCUUGCAUUUCCAUUUAUUGAUUAUAUUUAAGGUCCUAAGCAUUCACAAAUAAUAUGAAAACUUUGCUGAAGAAUUUUUGUCGCUUAGAAUUUCAAAGUUGACAUGCAGCAGAAUCUUUUCCCCUCCACCAAUCACUCAUUUCCAUUUAUUAUCCAACCCAGCCAGCGCUAAUAAUCUCCAGAAAAAUCCAGAAAGUAAUGUGGCCAGAAAGAGGAUCCUUACCUCAUAUCCAGGAGCGUAUGUUUUUGUUCAGUUUUCUGGGUUUUUUAAUUUUCCUUUGAUGUCUGAUUUGUUGUAAAUGUUUCAAUCUGUCUGCAUGUGUAUGCUUUCAAGACUGACCUGAAUUUUUUUUAAAUUUCAUUUACGAUUAAAAGAAAUGACUUGGUACUAUGUGACUAUGUAAUUUAUGAAAGUCAAUAAAAUGGCCACACAUGUUUUUGAAAGUGGUGAUGUUUCAGGUGAAGUGCAGUUGUUACUGGUGCUACUUUUGCAUUUCAGGAAGUAAUAUUGAUGUGAAAGUUCCAACCCCCAUCAUUACUGCUUUUUUCAAGUGUAGCAUUUAAAAAAAGAUAUAAACAUAAUAAAAUAACUCACAAUGAAA